AUGGAACUUUUCUUCCUUUACUUCUUCCUAGGCUUUCUCCUCUUCAUCUUGCUUUCGCUUCAAAUCGUUUUCUACAAAAAUAAAUCCAUAUUUUUCUCCGCAAACCUUCCUCCAGGGAGGACAGGGUGGCCUCUCCUAGGCGAGACCCUAGAGUUCUUAUCCACUGGGUGGAGAGGCCACCCUGAGAAAUUUGUAUAUGACCGAAUGGUCAAAUACUCCCAAGAAUGUUUUAAGACGAACAUUCUUGGGGAGCCUGUAGCCAUAGUUUGUGGUGCUACAGGCAACAAGUUCUUGUUCUCGAACGAGAACAAACUUGUUACGGCCUGGUGGCCAGACUCUGUAAACAAAGUGUUCCCUACUUCCCUACAAACUAACUCAAAGGAGGAAGCUAAGAAAAUGAGGAAACUUCUUCCUCAGUUUCUUAAGGCCGAGGCCUUACAAAGGUAUAUUGGUAUCAUGGAUACAUUCGCCCAGAGACAUUUCGCCAAUGAGUGGGAAAACCAAAAGGAAAUAUGUGUUUUCCCAUUAGCUAAACGCUAUACCUUUUGGCUCGCCUGCCGCCUUUUCCUUAGUGUUGAGGACCCUGAUCAUAUUGCUCGUUUUGCCGGCCCUUUUCACCUCUUGGCUGCAGGGAUCAUCUCUAUUCCAAUCGAUUUUCCGGGGACUCCGUUUAAUAAGGCGAUUAAGGCAGCCGAGCUUAUAAGAAAGGAGCUCAAAUUGAUUAUUAAGCAGAGGAAGAUUGAUUUAGCAGAGAAAAAAGCAACACCUACCCAAGAUAUAUUGUCUCAUAUGCUAACUAUAACAAAUGAAAAUGGGCAAAAUAUGACUGAAAUGGAUAUUGCUGAUAAAAUUUUGGGCUUGUUGAUUGGUGGGCAUGAUACUGCUAGUGUUGUCAUUACCUUCAUUGUCAAGUACCUUGCAGAAUUUCCUCACAUAUAUAAUGCAGUUUACAAAGAGCAAAUGGAGAUUGCGAAAUCGAAAGCACCAGGGGAGCUAUUGAAGUGGGAGGAUAUUCAGAAGAUGAAGUACUCAUGGAAUGUGGCUUGUGAAGUAAUGAGGUUAACUCCUCCACAACAAGGAGCUUUUAGAGAAGCUAUGACAGAGUUCACGUAUGCUGGUUUUACCAUUCCUAAGGGCUGGAAGUUAUACUGGAGCGCCUAUUCAACUCACCGUGAUCCAAAAUACUUCGUGGAUCCGGAGAAGUUCGAUCCAACUAGGUUCGAGGGCAACGGCCCAGCCCCAUACACGUACGUGCCAUUUGGGGGUGGCCCAAGGAUGUGCCCCGGCAAGGAGUAUGCACGGCUGGAGAUACUAGCAUUUAUGCACAAUGUAGUCAAGAGAUUUAGGUGGGAGAAACUACUAGCAAAUGAAAAAAUAAUAGUUGAUCCUUUUCCUGUGCCAACAAAAGGGCUUCCUAUACGCCUCAUUCCACACAACAUCGAUGAGUAGGUGGU